CAUCGAGGUCAACUAGUGUUAUUAAAAUCUGCUUAGUCAUCGUCCAUCUGUCAGUCUCUUAUUCAAAAGCUGGAAGAAAAACCGAGUAGGCCUAUAGUGUUUCAAGAAUAUGGCUGACGAACAGAAGCAACAGCAGGAGCCCCCAACAGAACAGGAAUCUGCCCCUCCAGUCUCCCCGGAAACCCAACCAGCAGCAGAACCUGAACCAGAAAGUACCAAAGGGGCCAAGGGUAAACCGCCCCCUCUCCAGGACGAGAUGGAGAAGUUCCGAGCCCUGGGAAAGACCGCGUUCGUGGCAGGGUACACAGGAGAAUGCGGGAAGGCCCUGGUACAGGAGCUGGCCAGGACGAAGAUCUUCAGUAAGGUCUUCUUGAUUGGACGACGGGAGGUUCCUCUUAAAGGGGAUGUCUUCAAGGAUUUCUCAGCAGAACAGAAGGUUGUUGACUAUGAUAACCUAGAUGCCUCAGAUGAUAUCUUCAAAGGACCUUCUGUUGGCUAUUGUUGUCUAGGAACAACCAGAGGCAAGGCUGGCAAGGAAGGCUUCAAGAAGGUCGAUCACGACUACGUGAUGAAGAUCGGGGAGCUCGCAAAAAAGAACGGAUGCGAGCAGUACCACCUAGUAUCAUCAGUGGGAGCAAAUGCUAAAAGCAGUAUGCUCUACCUAAAAAUCAAGGGCCAGACGGAGGAAGAGACGGCAGAACUUGGAUUUGACAAGUUCGCAAUCUACAGACCAGGAAUGCUAAUGUGCCAUCGAGAAGAAUUCCGCUUCGGAGAAAGUAUCGCACGAGUGGUUGGCGCACCGUUCGAGUACUUUUCCCCGGGAAAAAUCACCAACACAACUCUCUCGGUCGGUCAAGCGAUGAUCGCAAGAACCGUCAAGCCAGCUGAUACGGCUAAGGUUAUUGUUGAAGGGAAGGAAAUCUACAGGGCUUCGAAAGAAGUCACUGGCUAAGAAUUUACAUUUUAUUCGAUACCGAAAUGAUGAUGUCACAAAAACAUUGCUGCAUUCCAUCAGAUUUAAUACCAGGGGGUGUUUCACAAAGAUUUAAGUAUGACUUAAUUCGCAAGUAAAUGCCGACACGUACAUGAUCUGCAACGCGCGAUCUUAUUGCUAGAUAUGCAGUAGCGCACGUCCUCACGGCACGAUCUGACCAAAGCGGUCAAGCCUUUCAUACCGUACGCAACUCGGUAUUUAAGUGCGACUCUAAGUCAUACUUAAAUCUUUGUGAAAUGCCCCCCAUACCUCGGUGGAGGAGGAUGACAAAUAUCCAUAACCAAUUCAGUGGGAAUCUGUCCAUUUAGGCGCAAGAUCUGGCUGUAUCCUUAGGCUCGCUCUACAAAGAGUUACGAUCGAUCCAAUCAAUCUCUGUUAUAUGGAAAUCCAUCGAUGUCAUGAUUUUUCUACAAGAGAUUUGCUUUAAGUCAUUUUGUAUGCAAAGAAAAUCCCACUGAAUUUUCAAGAAAACAGGAAAUGUAUGAAUAUAUAUCAUAUCUAGAAAAUAUUUUGAAUAAAUAUGCAUUUGAGAUGUUGACGUUGCUGGCGUUUGAUCUGAUUCGUAAUUCUUUGUAAGACGGGAACCAUGCCUCCAGGGAUGUGGUCAAGGCCAGUACUUCCAAGUCACAAGGUCUCGAGAGAAAAAUUUUCCCCUAGAGUUUGUACACGUUACUCAGCCUGAGGCCGAGACCAAGGCCGGCAAAACGUCGCCUCGAGGCCGACGUCGAUUGCAUUCUAGACAAAUUCCUACUUGAAUUAAUAGCCCUUUUAAAAUAUAUUGGUGCAUAUUUAGUAAACUAAUUUGAUUUGAUGGCGUGUUACAAGAAACUUGUGAUCAAUUGCGAGUCUAUUUUUGGUCCAUAAAUCAAUCAUAUCUCGUGCAAUUAAUUGUAACUUUCUCUUCAAGGGGGGUAAAUUGUGUGUUGUCUUAAUUGACUGUGUGUUAUACAUAGUCUUAAAUUAUAGGUUUUCUGAUACCUACUAAUAUUACAGAGAAUGAAGUGACCUAUAAUUGUAUUUGUAUGGAGAAACUAAAAAGUUUUGAGAGGAAAAGUAAUUGUUUUGCUACUUGGUAAUAUAAUUAUUGCUGUAUGAAUGUAUUGAGUAGUUAAUUAGCAUGUUAUCAUUCAAGUGGGUCUAUAUUACUAGACUACACUAGCAUUAUGGGUCAGGAAACUGGCCAGGUAUUAGUAGUUGAGGACUCAAGAACGCGCUGUUGGUACCCUGUUGAGAAAACAUUGAUCAUCAUCAUUCCAAUAUAGGGUAGUCAUGGCUUAAUUAAAUAGGAGUUAACCAUAGCAAGAAUGUUAUGGAGUGUCAGCGAUGUGACAAAAAGGAAUGCUAUUGUGAUUGUGCUUAGUAGUCUGACUUAAAUGAUUGCAAUUGUGAUUGUAUUUAGCAGUCUGCCGUACCUACAGGAUUGUAAUUUCUAGUAUGAUUGUAUUUACAGUCUGACGUGCCUAGAGGAUAGCAAUUAUGAUUGUAUUUAGCAGUCAUGUAUUUAGAUGAUGGCAAUUAAAAUUGUGUUUAGCAGUCUGUCGUACCUGGAGGGUUGCAAUUAUGAUUGUGUUUAGCAGUCGUGUACCUAGAUGAUGGCAAUUAUGAUUGUAUUUAGCAGUCAUGUACCUAGAUGAUGGCAAUUAUGAUUGUAUUUAGCAGUCUAACCUAAAGGAAUGCAAUUAUUGCAUAAUUUAGCAUUCUGACCCAAAUGAUUGCAAUUGUGAUUUUAUUCAGCACUAUGAUCUAAGUGAUUGCUAUUAUGAUUGUAUUUAGCAGUAUGACCUCAAAUUAUGGUUGUAUGUAGCUGUGUUUCCUAAAUGAUUUCAAUUAUGAUUGUAUUUACUUGUAGCAGUCGACUUAUGGGAAUGCAAUUAUUGUAUUUAGCAUUCUGACAUAAAUGAUUGCAAUUAAGCAGUCUCAUCUAAGUAUUGUAGUUAUGUUUGUAUUUUGUAUUCUGAUAUUAUUGCAAUUAUGAUUGCAUUAAGCGGUGUUUUCUAAAUAAAGGAUUGCAAUUAUGAUUGUGUCUGGCUGUACCUAAAUCAGUGAUUUAAAUCAGGGACUAAGUUUAAAUUAGAGGCUACACUUUACUUUAGCCUCGGGGAGAGAUGGUACUUUAUAUAUAUUGUCAGCUUGAAUUGAAUUGAUUUUAUAAUUUCGAUCUUGUAGACUAAAUUAGAAUAUAUUCACUGUUAAUUUGAUACAGAAAUAACUGAAAUAUAUUUUUAAUCUUGUUUCUCUUGGUGAAUGGGUUAUCCAUUUGACUUAAUUACUGCCACAUAAAGAGAACAUUAUAGGUAUUCCAUUUACCUGCAACAAUGAUGGAAGCUUUGUUAUUUCAUGCCCAGCUUGUCAGUGUGAGAGCAUGUGAGCCUAUUUAUUGCUGAGUUUGACAGUUACCUUGAAUCCUCUAGGACAAAACGAAAUUCAUGGCAAAGCAAAAUAUUCCCAGAUGGGACACUUUGAUCUGGCAAAACAACCGAAGCUAAAGUCCUGCCAGAAUGCAGUUUUUCUGAAAUUUUUUAAUCAAUUUCAAAACUGAAAUUCGGAGAGAUUAAAAUACAUGGAGAAAUCUUAUUUUGCUA